AUGUCCAUCCCUCCCACCCCCGCCAUCUCGGUAGACUCCACCCACGUCGCCUCCCCACGUCUCCCAUCCCCGGACUCCCGCUCCUCCUCGCGGCGCGUCUCCCUAGACGUGCUCCCCCAGCAAUCACUAAACCCGCACAGCCCCAAGCCCCGACGCAACCGCUCCGCGCUCCGGCAGUUCUACGGGCUUGGGCAGGACUCCUCGCUACCAGAAGAAAGCCCUGAAAAGAAACAGGUGGAAGAGAAACUCUGCGAGAUCGACCGCGAAGGGUUUGAUGCAGCGGCUUAUGUCGAGAAGUUUAUCGCAGAGGCCGAGUUGAAGGAGUUGUUGAGGAGGGAGAAUGAGCUUGUUAAUGAAAUCCGCGGCUUCGACGGCGAGCGAAAAGCACUCGUUUACGACAACUACAGUAAAUUGAUAACUGCAACAGACACUAUUCGGAAAAUGAGAGCUAAUAUGGAGCCCCUCGCGCCGACUACCUCCACCCUCGGCCCUGCAAUAUCUCAUAUCGCGCAGGUGUCUGCUUCGCUGGUGGAGAAUAUCCCGCCUUCGCCGGUCACACCGAAGAUCCCUACUUCUAACAAGAGGAAGAAAGAUGCUGUCCUCUGGGCCCUGGCAUGUCCAGGCAGGAUUGAGGAGCUGGUGAAGGAGGGGAAGAGAGAUGAAGCAGAGAGGGUUUUUGGUGUGCUGGAGGGUAUGCUAGGGAAAUGGGAGGGGGUUAAGGGCACCAGAGAGUUAAGGGAGAAGGCGACGGCUGCGUUGGGGAAGGAGGAAUGA